AUGGCGUCAGAAACCGACGAAGCCUCCAAAAUCGAUUCUGGCAAAUUCUACAACGAAUACAAAGGCCACCCCAUUGCCGACUUGACCAUAUUCCGCAACAUAACACUCACCGAGCACCCGGACAAACCCAUCAUCUACCUCGCCGGCGACUCCUCCCUCGAUAAUAAAUUCUGGCUGAAAGAACGCAUUUCCUCCUCCUCCCAAAUCCCUGCCAUCUACCACUACACCCUCGCUACCCCCAUCACCCUCAUCCCAGACGUAGCAUACUGGCUCAACUCCGCUCUCUCGACCCGCGCAACAUGCAUCAACACCGCCGUCGAAGAAUCCCUCUUACGCUCCCGCGACACCGAUCUCCUCCCACACGACGCCUUCAUCCGCUCCUCGAUCCGCGCUAACGACAUCCUCGUCGUAAGCGUCGGCUCCAACGACAUCGCUCUCAACCCGUCGGUGGAAACCAGCGCGCACAUGUUCCAGCUUGCGUGGCUUACGCCGCGGAAAUCCAUCGAGGACGGGUCGGCGUGGGGUUUGCCGUAUUUCCGGAACCUCUUUGGGACGAAGAUUCAGGAGUAUAUUGCCCGCCUUACCGAAGUCACGAAACCGAGGACUGUGGUUGUUUGUAUGAUUUAUUUUCCGCUCGAGAGUGGAAAGGGGCAGAGUGGGUGGGCGGAUGGGAAGCUCAGGGUGCUGGGGUAUGAGAGGGAUCCCGGGCAGUUGCAGGCGGCGAUUAGGGAGUUGUAUAAGAGUGCGACUGAGGAGAUCAAGGUGGAGGGGGUGCAGGUGGUGCCGUGUGCGUUGUUUGAGGUGUUGGAUGGGAAGGGGGCGGGGGAUUAUGUGGAGAGGGUUGAGCCGAGUGGGGAGGGGGGCAGGAAGAUGGCGGGGGAGUUUGUGAGGGUUUUGGAAGGGGUGUUGGGGGAAGGGGUAGGAAUGGAGAAUGAGUAA